AUGAGGCAGGACAAAUCCGUGGCAGAGAGUUCUUUUUUCUCUGAGGGCAUACAAGAGGUGGAGAAAUUCUGGUUGAAUGAGCAGCCUGACCACAUACAACGACUGAGAUUGCAAAGGGAAGAAUUUGCAUCAACCUUACCUAUAUGCUGGCAUGAAGAUGCAGUUCCGCAUUUCCAAAACGACACAGCGACCUUUUACAGCUGGAGUACCCCACUUACUUUUGGAGGAGCCUGGACAUCCCGAAAUUGUUUUGUGGGCCUGCCAACAUCACAGAUGACCAAGGAGCUGGAGAGAUAUUACCGCUGCUCGUUCCUGUGCGAUUGCUGCCUGGCCAACCAGACGCUUGAGUGGCUCCAGUGGUGA